AGAAUUUAGCUUUAGUGUGUUUGAUAAGCCCAAUAUGAAAGUGGUAGCAAUUUUUCUAAUUUGGCUAGCCUACUCACAAGGUGCUAGUGUUCCCCCGAAGUCGUGUCCUUUGGAGACUUCGUGCGGAAAGGGAAACAGCUCCACAGAAAUUUGUGGCUUGGAUGAAGAGUUGGGAUGCAUUCGGAAAUACCCCUCCAAGUGCCACUUGAACAUUGCAGCUUGCCAAGCGGGGAAAAACUUUACCGACUUCAGUGACGUUUAUUGCUCAAUGGAGUCAUAUGUUUGCGAACAGUCACCCACAUAUGAGCGAUGGACUAUUUUCUUUGGAUAUGAAAACGAUUAGAUAAAAGUGGAGAGAUUACAAGAAGAUUUAUGUGUACUUUUCUUCAUAAAUAAGAAUGAGUUGGUUUGACAAAAUGAA